UCAACUACAGUCCCUUUAGACAAUAAUAUUAAUGAUAAUAGUUUCUAAUUAGAUAUAAAAUGGAGCAGGGAAACCUACCUGGACAGCCGGCAGGAGCCAACCCUGCAGAAGCUGUGGUCGUUGAACAACCGAAAGCGAACGACGAUAUAAACCCUGACGGUCAUGUAGGCACGGAAGAACUAGAAAAAACUGACAGAGUUCUUGUUCAACAGUUGGGUGAGUACUCUGAACAAGGAAAUAAAUGCUGUUGCUGUUGCAAUAACUACGAGGGAGAAAACGAAUUUGAGAUAACAGACAGAUUUGGUCACCAGAUAUUUCAUGCUAAAGAGGAGUCAGGGUUCUGCGGAAGACAAUGCUGCAAUUCACUAAGAGGAUUUGAGAUGUUUCUCUCUGAUAGGCAGGGUAAAGACUGCAUAAAGAUAUCUAGGCCAACAAGGUUUGAUAACUGUCUGAUCUGCCCCUGUUUAUUACAGAGUAUGGUGGUUGAGAGUCCUAUUGGAGUCGUUGUAGGCAAAGUAGAACAGAAGCUAACCCUCUUCUCUCCUGAAUAUGAAGUACUAGAUGCAGAUGAUACUCCUGUAUUCAAUAUAGAGGGUCCGAGCACAUGUAAAUGCUGCAGCUGCGGCUGCUGUUGCGGUGGUUCUAGGAAUAUAGUAUUUAAGAUUAUAUCCAAAACUAACAAUGAACAGGUUGGAAGCAUCAGUAAAAGCUGGAAUGGCGUACUCAAGGACGUUUUACCUAAAGCUGAUAGAUUCAGUGUAGAUUUUCCACCAGACAUAGAUAUUGGGAUGAAAGCUAGUCUGCUAGCUGCAACAUUUCUCAUAGACUAUUUGCACUUUGAGGCGGAUCCAGGAGAUGAAAACCAAGAUGACAAUGAUUAUGGAAACAAUUAAUAAAAUUAUUGUCAUUAUUAUCAUAAGAAGCAAAUAUUUCAACCAGAUAUGUUAGUUUUUUUUUCUCCAUUUUUCCUAAUGUCUACAACGUUCACUUUAAGCUGAAUAAAAAGUGAUGUGUCUUUUUGAAAAAUUGUUCAAACUUAAUAAAUUCUAAGCAAAA